AUGGAAGACACACGACCUACCAAACGCGCACGGCAAGCUUGCGAGCCAUGUCGUCGCAAGAAGUCCAAGUGCCCUGGAGAAAAGCCCAUAUGCUCGUACUGCGAACGCCUCGGUCAGAAUUGUGUAUAUGAAUCAGGCUCUGAUGGCCAAGGUCAAAGAGUUCGUUCGGAUAGAUCAUUGGAGCUUCGCAUGGAAACCCUGGAAGAGAAAUUGGACUUGUUUAUCGACCGUCUCGAUCCAGUGAUCCACGAUUCACGCCGGCGCUCAGCGUCGCAACAGGGAGGAGGACAUACACCGAGUUCCAUGGUCGGCCAGGAUGAGAUGGCAGAAACUAGUGAGAUUGUAGACCCAAGACAAGCGUCGGGCCCAUCAUCACUCGUCGAGCCCAGAAGUGAUGAACUAGCCUCUCUAUAUCUAACCUGGCUCCAUCGGCAACCUUUGGUCCUCUUCAACGCCGAAGCAUUUGCAGAGUCACUGCCGAGUAGAGAGACAGAGUUGAUCUUGGUACUACAAGCAUUAUGUCUCCGAUUUCCUCCUCGGCUAUUGAGUCAACAAUAUCGCCAACGUCUCCAUGCCAUGGCACAAGCCUCGAGGGAAAUCGCGAUGAACAAGGUCUUCGGUAGCCGGGUCGACUGUUCCGUCUUGCAAACGCUGUGUCUACUAAGUCUUUUUGAACAUGCAGAGCCAGAAGGAAAUACUGUCCAAGCAGGCCUAUAUCUCAGUAAUGCGAUUCAGUUACUGAGCGGCAUUCCGAAAGGGAGUUUUCUCGGCGAUGCUGUCGAGUUCAAUAACUGCAUCCGAAGUAUAUUCGUGCUUCAUCACUUGCAGGGCAGUGUUUCCUCUAGUGUGUGGCCCACUGCCAUGUCACAUGGAGAGGACUCAUCACUCGGAACAGCAGCGUGCUCGGCAUGGUUGCUUCCGCCAGAGAAGUCAGUACCAUGCGAUAUGGAUCGAGGGAUCAUGAAGUAUACCAUGCCUCUUGCUCAAGUUUGGCGAGCAGUCAGAGUUUACGCUUCCCGCCGCGUUUUCUCGGACACCUUGCCCCCGUGGAAUCCACGUUCCGAUUACUCUCAGGUUACAUAUCGCCACCUCGAGAUCGAUUGUAGUGUACCACUCAAGUACCGGUUCUCUGCUAACCAAAUCGACAAGCAGACACCUGAAACUUUGCAACAAAACAGAGGGUAUUGGGGUCCCUACCUGUUCACCCAGUUCGUCUAUGCUUCCAUUCCUGUUAUUCUCAAUCACCCAUUUCUUUUAUCAAUGCGACUACGGAACUUCCGACAUACCAUGCCUCAGUCAUUUGUCAAUAGCUCCUUUGAUGCGAUUACUCGACACAUCGGAUGGAUCAUGUAUCAUCUUGAAAUAUUGGAAAAAAUGGAUUAUCGAGUGUCUGAUCCAACGUUGGCUCAUAUUAUUGUGGUAGUUGCCACCAUUCACCUACAACAUAGUUUCGUUGAAGACUUAACUCUACGAGAGAAAGCUCAGGUUGGAUUUGAGAAAUGCCUUGAGUUCUUGAGGUGCAUGGGUCUGACAUGGCAUGCUGUCGCGGUCAUGCAUGAAAAUCUACGAAAGCUGCAGCAGAGCAUACAAGUUGUACCUCUAGCCAGCGAAGAGCCUGGGCUUGGAAGACCAACACAGCAAAAGUUCACCAUCGAUACGAGACUUCUCUGGGAUAUACUGUCUUAUGAGCAAGCUGGUAGGCCGGAUGCACGCGCCGAUGAAUCUGUUUACAGCGGCCUAGCAUCAACUAACCAGGACACGGGAAGAGGCGGUAACGAACCUGGCGAAGGCUAUGAUUUGGUCGGAUCAGCUGGUAUUAUAGGGCACAAGACUGUUCCAAAGGACACGCCACUAUACGCCCCGGGUGAGGGUGAAAUGAGCCACCCUAUAAGAGGCCGUGUUCCAUCUGAUGCUUCGGGACUGCUAGGGUCUCUCCAACAGAAUAUUCAGGAGGGGUUUGGAUCGGCUAUGGAACCGGAUAACAUAUUUCCGCAAGUGCACGACUUUGGAAGGGCUAUUGAUGAGUGGCUUAGCCUUGACUGGGGAAACACAAUGCUUUGAUGUAUUGAGGCAGGCAUCACAUUCUCUGUACAGGUGUCAUAUGCGUUUAAUACAAAUUGGUAACUGACUCCUA